UAGAUCCGUUUUAAAAAUCCUCAUCUCAUGUGGGAAACUGGGAAUACAUCUAAGUUCCCUUUAUUCCUUUCAAUAUUUUUGGUCUUUUUUAAUGUAAAGAAGAACACUCUCAUUAUUCUGUUGGCUGGAGUGCAUUUUCUCACUGAGGAAAGAAGCACAGAGUUCUUUCAGCAAAGAUCUUCCAGGGAACAAAAUGAAAAGACUAAAUUCUCUGAUGCCGUGUUCUUGAUUGGAUUAUAUUAAUAAACUGCUGGCAAGCACAGCUUCAACUGUUGAGACGAUAUCAUCGACACCACAGCUCAUCCUGAUGGGUUGUCUUAACUUCACCAGCGGAAAUGAGACUUUGCCUGGCAGGCAUCCUUAUACUGUGCAGACCACUGUGCCUUUAACGAUCCUGGUGGGCAUCCUCAUACUGCUAACUGUGUUUGGCAAUGUCAUGGUGGUAAUCGCUGUGAUCACCAGCCGAUCCCUGAGAGCACCUCAGAACUUGUUUUUAGUGUCUCUGGCAUGUGCGGACAUCCUGGUUGCCACCUUAGUGAUGCCAUUCUCUUUAGCGAAUGAACUGAUGGGUUACUGGUACUUUGGGAAAGUGUGGUGUGAAAUCUACCUGGCUUUGGAUGUGCUCUUCUGUACCUCGUCCAUUGUUCACCUGUGCGCCAUCAGCCUGGACAGAUACUGGUCCGUCUCUCAGGCGAUCGAGUACAACCUGAGAAGGACACCGCGCAGGAUUAAAUGCACAGUCUUCAUAGUUUGGGUGCUGGCGGCUAUCAUUUCAUUUCCUCCACUCAUCACGAUGAAAAAGGACAAGGGUAAAGAAGACAGCCCUGAAUGUAAAAUUAAUGAGGAGAAAUGGUACAUCAUAUUCUCCAGCACUGCCUCUUUCUUUGCACCCUGCGUCAUCAUGAUCAUGGUGUAUAUUAGAAUAUACCAGAUUGCCAAGAAAAGAACAAGAGCCCCGCCAGGUGAAAGGCAGCGAGAGUAUGGCAACGCAGACACAAAGUGUGGUUUGGACCCCCUGGAGAGAAAAGACAGAGAAGGGAGGGAGGGGGAAGAGGGGGACGUGGAGGAAGAUCCCUCCUCGUCUGAUGGGAAUGAGACCAUCCUAUGUUCCCUGAAGAAGAAGAGGGGUAUGAGAACAACCAAAAUGGCUCAGGUGAAGCCUGGAGAAACCUGUCUGAAGCCAGAGGCGCAGCCCUGUGUGAGAGUGAGCAAGUGGAAAGGAAGGCAGUACAGGGAGAGGCGCUUCACAUUUGUUCUGGCUGUGGUCAUGGGAGUGUUUGUUCUUUGCUGGUUCCCCUUUUUCUUCACAUACUCCCUCACCGCUGUGUGUGACGCCUGCUGUGUCCCAAAGACACUGUUCAAAAUGUUCUUCUGGUUCGGUUACUGCAAUAGCUCACUGAAUCCUGUUAUUUACACUAUAUUCAAUAAUGACUUUAGAAGGUCUUUUAAAAAGAUCCUCUGUAAAAGGGACAGGAGAAGUUUAUAAAUAAGAUCUUUAAAUGUAAUGCAUUUCUAAAAACAGCAUUUUUUUGGUCAUCCAUAAUAAAGGCUCCCAUCAGUGUAAAUAUUGCAUUAUAAAAUAUAUUUAUUGAAUAUUUGAAAGAAAAUGUGAAAUGUAGCAUGUUUGUGUUUUAACAUUUUGUGU